AGCCCACGCGCUCACUGCCUCCCUCCGCCUCUGUAAUUUGCCCUCUUUUGUUUGUGUUUUCAAUUUUUUUCAUAAAUCUCUUCGAAGCUCCUUUGGAGAAAAUGUCGGACGAGGAGCAUCAGUUUGAGUCAAAGGCCGACGCCGGAGCUUCGAAGACUUAUCCUCAACAAGCUGGUACUAUUCGUAAGAACGGUUACAUUGUCAUCAAAGCCCGCCCUUGCAAGGUCGUGGAAGUGUCUACUUCCAAGACUGGCAAGCACGGACAUGCCAAAUGUCACUUUGUUGCAAUUGAUAUCUUCACUGGCAAGAAGCUCGAGGAUAUCGUUCCCUCUUCACACAAUUGUGAUGUCCCCCAUGUUAAUCGUACAGAUUACCAACUCAUUGACAUCUCUGAGGAUGGAUUUGUGAGUCUACUCACUGAAAAUGGUAGUACCAAGGAUGACCUCAGGCUUCCAACAGAUGAGAAUCUUCUCACGCAGAUCAAGGAUGGAUUUGCUGAGGGCAAAGACCUUGUUGUGUCUGUCAUGUCUGCCAUGGGUGAGGAGCAGAUUUGUGCACUGAAGGAUAUUGGUCCAAAGUAAAUUCGUUGAGAGCGGUUGCUCUAGGCAAAAUAUUUAUUAUCUUAAUGGAGAUGGACAUGGCAAUAGCGGAAAAAGAUUGUGGACCAACUUGUUCAAGUACAUCUACGUGGUUUUCUUGAUAUCGGAGGCCCCAAUUUUAUUUUGGUCCUAUAUCAAUAUUAGGACUUGAGUUAGAUUGUUGUUUUAAUAUUUUGGUAUUUGUUCUGUUUAUGUUAAAGGUUUUCAAAUUUGGUGUGGGAAAAGUUAAUCUUGCAUUAUAUACAAUUUUGCAUCUUCAGCUUUUAUGAAGGUGCACAAUUAUAUUCAUAAGUGUUGACACA